UUAGUAGAGAUAGGGUUUCAUCAUGUUGGUCAGGCUGGUCUUGAACUCCUGGCCUCAAGCAAUCCACCCGCCUAAGCCUCCCAAAGUGCUGGAAUUACAGGCUUGAGCCACCAUGCCCUGCCUUGGCUGAGAUUUUUUACCAACUUAGAUGCCAGUUAGAAUUAAAGGAGGAUCUCACAUCUGGCUUCAUCAUGUUGUGUUUAUUUAAACUAUUUUCUGUUACUUUACAUCGAAUUUUUCUUCUAUGGUUCUAUCUUAGUGGGAGACACUGAAAACGAUACUCUUGCAAGUGGUAGAAUUCGAUCCUUACUAUGUUGGGCAUGCUGGCCUUUCUUUAGCUGCUAGGCGUGGGUUAUGUAGAGAGCCGACCAUCGCCUAGCCACUUGGAUUUCACUGAAUACAAUUUUUUGGGGGUAGUUUCUGAAGGGGGCUGCCCCUCUACACCUGUGGGUAUUUCUCAUCAGGAGGGAUGAGAGACCGAGAAAAGAAAUAAAACACAGAGACAAAAUAUAGAGAAAGAACAGUGGGCCCAGGGGACCGGCACACUCAGCAUGCGAGGACCUGCACCAGCACCGGUCUCCGAGUUUCCUCAGUAUUUACUGAUGACUAUUUUCACUAUCUUGGCAAGGGGAGUGGGGCAGGAGAACAGGGUGAACAGGGCGAUGGUGGGGAGAAGAUCAGCAGGAAAACAUGUGAGUAAAGGAAUCUGCAUCGUAAAUAAGUUGAAGGGAAGGUACUGUGUCCGGAUGUGUACAUAGGCUAGGUUUGUUUCUCUUUACCCAAGCAUCUCAGUAUAGGAAAGAGUAACAGAGUAGUAUUGCUGCCAGCAUAUCUCGCCUCCAGCCACAGGGUGGUUUUCUCCUAUCUCAGAAUAGAACGAAUAGUCGGAUUUACACUGAGACAUUCUGUUCCCAGGGACAUGCGGGAAACAGAGGCCUUCCUCUUUUACUAAUCCUUCUUAGCACAGACCCUUUACAGGUGUUGGGCUGGGGGACGAUAAGGUCUUUUCCUUCGCACAAGGCCAUAUGUCAGGCUGUCUCAGUGGGUGGAAGCCUUGGACAACACCCAGACUUCCUUGGGCAGAGGUCCCUACCGCUUUCCGCAGUGCAUCGUGCCCCUGGUUAAUAGAGAAUGGAGAAUGGCAAUGACUUUUACCAAGCAUGCUGUCUGCAAACAUAUUGUUAACAAGGCACAUCCUGCACAGCCUUAAAUCCCUUAAACCUUGAUUCAAUACAGCACAUGUUUCUGUGAGCACAGGGUUGGGCCUAAAGUUACAGAUUAACAACAUCUCAAAGCAGAAUGAUUUUUCUUCGUACAGAUCAAAAUGGAGUUUCUUAUGUCUUCCUUUUUCUACAUAGACACAGUAACAGUCUGAUGUCUCUUUCUUUUCCCCACAGUUUCUGUUUGUUUGCUAUUGGUAGCACUAUUUCCUGGCAUAAGACAGUGAAGAAACAGGAGGGACAGAUGAUUAUUUCAUUGCCUGAGAGUUGCCUGCUCACCACGGACACAGUGAUUCGAAGCUACUUAGGGGCAUACAUUACUAAGUGGAAGCCGCCUCCGUCUCCUCUGCUGGCGCUGUGUACCUUUUUAGUUUCGGAAAAGCAUGCUGGGGACCGAUCUCUUUGGAAGCCUUACCUGGAGAUUUUACCCAAGGCCUAUACCUGCCCUGUUUGUUUGGAGCCGGAAGUGGUGAACCUUCUUCCCACAUCUUUAAAAGCAAAGGCUGAAGCGCAGAGAGCCCACGUGCAGGAGUUCUUUGCUUCCUCCAGAGACUUUUUCUCUUCUCUGCAGCCUCUGUUUGUGGAGGCUGUUGACAGCAUCUUCAGCUACAGUGCCCUGCUGUGGGCUUGGUGCACCGUCAACACCAGAGCCGUGUACCUGAGGCCCAGGCAGCGGGAAUGCCUUUCUGCAGAGCCGGACACCUGUGCGCUCGCUCCAUACCUGGACCUGCUGAAUCAUAGCCCACAUGUCCAGGUAAAAGCAGCAUUUAAUGAAGAAACUCACUCUUAUGAAAUUAGAACGACUUCACGUUGGAGGAAGCAUGAAGAGGUAUUCAUCUGUUACGGCCCUCACGAUAAUCAGCAGCUAUUCCUGGAAUAUGGAUUUGUUUCCAUCCAUAAUCCUCAUGCUUGUGUUUAUGUCUCAAGAGAAAUACUUGUUAAAUAUCUUCCAUCAAGAGAUAAACAGAUGGACAAAAAGAUUUCCAUUCUAAAGGAUCAUGGCUAUAUAGAAAAUUUGACAUUCGGAUGGGAUGGACCAUCUUGGAGGCUACUCACAGCCCUUAAGUUGUUAUGUCUGGAAGCUGAAAAAUUUACAUGCUGGAAAAAAGUACUUCUUGGGGAAGUAAUUUCAGAUACGAAUGAGAAGACAAGUUUGGACAUAGCCCAGAAAAUAUGCUGUUAUUUCAUAGAAGAGACUAAUGCUAUGCUUCAAAAGGUGUCUCAUAUGAAGGCUGAAAAAGAGGCCCUAAUAAACCAACUAACUUUGGUGGAAUCCUUGUGGAUGGAAGAGCUAAAGAUUCUCAGGGCAUCUGCCGAGACCCUGCACAGUUUGCAAACAGCUUUCACCUGAUUUCACCAAAGUGUGUUUGGUCACCUCCUCUGAAACAGAAGUUAAUUUGAAGAGCGUCAUGGUGGGCUGGGGCGGUGGCCGCCCCCAGGACGUGCAGGAUUUCUGCAGGGGGCAGCACAGGUUCUGGGACUGUGAGGCUGUGAGUGAAGGUGGACAAGCUAUCUGGAUAGCACGUCUAUUGCUCUUCCGAAUAAAGUGCUGAACUGUGAGGAGAGAGGCGGACUGCUGGGGAGCCAGGAGCCAGCUGCAUCCGUGUGUGGUCUGUCACCACGGGGCCUGCUUCUUAUCUGACACAGCAGCUCUCAGAGUCUAGCGGUUGUGCUUUUAAGAUGCUCUGAUACCGUUGGGUUAAGGGGCAGGUUGGCGGUGGGUGGCUUUGGGCAGUGGGUGUGGGGAAGCGUGAGGAGGUAGUCCUGGGUUCCCACCAGGGUGGCCCAGCCGCCAGCCCUUCCCUAUGUGACUGCACUGAGGUGGCCGUUGAGGAGUCCCCUAGGGGACACAGGGCUUCCAGAGGAGGGAAUGUCCUCUAAGCAUGCUCCUGGCCUCCCAGGGCGGCGCUUGUCUAAUUAUUCACUUGGGAAGAGUGACUGGCUUAGCCAGCGGCAGUUUCUGCUUUGUUCUGGCGGCUGUCCUGGGCAGGCCUUCCAACCUGGGGAGCUGGCCCAUCCGCGGUGGGCCUGUCUGCUUGAUUCUGGGGUUCAGUGUAGGUCAGCUGAUUGCAAACCACGGUGGUGGUUUGGCCUCUGUUCUUACUCUUGAGUUUUGAUCCUGCUCAGACCCUGGGUGGGGAAAAGGGGAUGUUUCCUGCACAGCUCUCAGCUGCCUGUGGCCUCGGGACUGCCUGCGUAAGUAACACAGGGGCUGCUGGUCCUGUUCAGGCCCAUGCUGGAGACGCUGCGUAGACAAUAUUGCCCAGGGUCCUGUUUACCCUCCCAGGGUUCGUUCUUCCCAAGAACUGAAAUUCCUUUCUCACUGGAGCCCAGCGAAACCAAAUGAACGGGGCGUGCUGGCCUCAGAAGGCGGGCAGAGUUUAAAAUAAAACUCUCAUGAUUUCUUGAGACAUGAUUUCUUGAACAUCUUUCCCUGUUUGUAUAUACAGUUUGUGCUUAUGUUUCAACAGUUGCAGUAUAUUUCUUUUUUUCAAUAUUCAGUAUAAUGCAGUGUAUUUCAUCAUACGCUGUAUGGAGAGUGGGCAGACUCUUAUGUGGAGGGCCCGGUAGUAACCAUUUGAAGCUUUCUGGACCUGUGGCCUUAGUCCCAGCAAUUCUGCAGAGCAGCUGUCGGCAGCAUGUCAACUACUUGCAAGGCUGGGCUCCCGGGAAACUAUUGACAAUGACAGGUGCUGUGCCAGAAUUUCUUUCUCCUCUCCCCUGUGAAUGCACCUAAAUAUGUUAAUUCCUUUACACCUUUCAAAAUGGACAGCCCCUUGAACAUGAAAAACUUUGCAGACCCUA